AUGCAGGCAUAUCUUGAUGCACAAGUAGAUGAUAUUUGGGAUGCAGUAGAAAAUGGUCCAUAUGUUCCAAAAACAGUCAUCGACAAUAAAAAGAAAACAAAGACAAAAGCCUCAUGGACAUAUGAUAACAAAAGAAAAGUGAUGUUUGAUAAGAAGGCCAAAAACAUAUUACAAUCGAAAAGUUUUAGAAAGAAGGAUGUUUCCACUUCAAGCCAAAACUUCACUUUCUUUGAGUGUGGUAAGCAAGGACACAUAAAGGAAGAGUGUCCAAACAUUGUCAAGCAAAAUGCUCUCAAAAAUAAAGAAUUCAAAAAGACCUAUAUAGCAUGGGAGGACAAUGACGUUAGUUCAUCUUCGGAUUCAGAAACUGACGAAUGUGCAAAUGUUGUCUUGAUGACAUCACAUCAAUUUGACGAAGAAGAAGAGGAUGACCUUGAAAAAUUCGAUGAGAAAGUCGAUGAAUGUAUCUUUAUUGGUUACUCAUUAUCUAGUAAAGCUUUUAUAAUUUUCAAUAAGAGAACUUUGUUAGUUGAAGAAUCUAUGCAUGUAUCAUUUGAUGAAUCUAACCCAUUGAAAGAGAACAAAAUUGUCUUUUAUGAUGAUGAUGAUUUUAUAAGUGAUACAAGCAAAGACAAUCAAGAUGAUCAACCUACUCAAGAGAAUGAAGUCAACAUUGAGCAGCAAGAUCAAAAUGAUAAUCUUCCUAAGGAAUGGAGAACCUAUAAAGAUCACCCUGUUUACAACAUUAUAGGUAAUAUCAACUAA